GCGUGACGCACUCACAGGCCCGCGGCUCCGGCCAUUCUCUCGACGCGUUGCUUAAUGUCGCGGUGAUCAACUAGAGCCUUCCUCUCAGCGGAAGUCAAGCGGGAGCACGGAGACCGCGCAUGCGCAGUUGGUACACGUGGCAUUUCCUGUGGAGCGCCGCUUUCGGCCGUACUGGAAACACGAGUCCGGGCACAGGUUGUUUCGGCGCCGGACGGUUUCGACUGUGACACACAGCGGAAGUGGCGCCAUUGCUGUGUGUCGUGGCUGUGCGCGGUGAGCUGAGUGUCUUCUCUCGACUCUACUCUGCUAUUCCCUCGUCCAGCUGCGUUGGAAAGAGCUGCACGCAUCUGUACACACGCUCGAGAAGUUCCACGGCCUGGAUAUGUCCUUCAUAUUUGAUUGGAUUUAUAGUGGUUUCAGUAGCGUUCUGCAGUUCCUGGGGCUGUACAAGAAGUCUGGCAAGUUAGUAUUCCUCGGUCUGGACAAUGCUGGCAAAACGACGCUGCUGCAUAUGCUCAAAGACGACAGACUGGGUCAGCAUGUGCCAACCUUACACCCCACCUCAGAGGAGCUGACGAUUGCUGGCAUGACCUUCACCACGUUCGAUCUGGGUGGCCACGCUCAGGCUCGACGAGUGUGGAAGAACUACCUCCCAGCCAUCAACGGCAUCGUCUUCCUGGUGGACUGCGCAGAUCUCACCAGACUGGCCGAGUCCAAAACAGAGCUUGAUGCACUAAUGACAGAUGAAACCAUCGGAAACGUGCCCAUCUUGAUCCUCGGCAACAAGAUCGACAAACCUGAAGCCAUUAGUGAGGAGAAACUGCGUGAGAUCUUUGGCCUGUACGGUCAGACGACGGGAAAGGGCAACAUUCCUCUGAAAGAGCUGAACACGAGACCCCUGGAGGUGUUCAUGUGCAGCGUGCUGAAGAGACAGGGCUACGGCGAGGGCUUCCGCUGGCUCUCACAGUACAUCGAUUAGAGGAAGAAACACACGUCUCGACUCCCACAGACUGAUAUCGUUCAGUUCAUCAACUCUUUUCUCACAUUAUUUCUUACGAAAACUGAUUCUGCGGAUGUGGUAAACUCCAAACAAUGCAUCUUUGCGUUCACGUCAGUUUUAUCUACUCUCUAAUUUGAUGUUUUCUCUCUCUGUUUAUCUGUAAAUGAUUCUUCAUGUGUACUGAUAACACCACUUCAGAAAGAGCUGAUAGACAUGUACACCGCUUCACAUCACAUACUUCAAACAGGAAGUGCUUUGACUUCUCUCCAGUGUUUCAUUUCCUGUCAUGAGGCUGCAGUCCUCGGGCUUUAACAUGAGGUCGUGACCGUCUGGUCGUGUUGAAUUGCAUAUGUUUUCUGUUGUCCCAAAAAAAUUAAAACAAUUGUACGCAGUCCUCGGGCUUUAACAUGAGGUCGUGACCGUCUGGUGAAGUGGCCGUGUUGAAUUGCAUAUGUUUUCUGUUGUCCCAAAAAAAUUAAAACAAUUGUACUGCCACAUUCAGAAACUCAUUCCCAAAGCUACUGUAAACUGAUCGAGACAAUAGUUGUUUUUCUUUUUUAAUAUGAUUUGGUAUUGAAGACCGGCACGGCAGUAAACCUGGAUCAUUACAAGUGUCUCAGUUGAGCGAGAGAAGCAUGCCUUGCACACAAACAGAGAUUAUUAUUCUAUUUAACGGCUAAUGACUAGUAACAUGAUGGUGAAAAGUGCACACACACACGAGCGUGCCGCUUAGAGCUGUUGUGUAGCUGGAGAGCAGAGCUUGAACAGACCGGACAGCAGUUAAUCAAUGACAGGGACAAAAUGUCAUUUAUAUGGAUUUUCUUUAAGCUGUCCUUGAAUAGCUCUUAAUUUGAGAUGAAAAAAACAUUAUGCAUGCCUUCUUCCAUGAUUAUUGAUUUUUAUUAGUGUUUUUUUUAAUAAUAAACACAUAACAUAGUGUAAAAACAUCUAAAACAGAUUGAGAUGCCAAGUGCACAGUCUUCUAUGGAGUCGCAGUGGAAUGGCACAUAAAUGCAUUUUAUUUUCUGUACUGUCCUUCCGUGUGUCAUCAUCAUUCCAUGAGCUGUUCCAUCUACGACAGAUACAGUUGUUUCCGUCAGAAAUUGUAAUAAAUGUUUGCAAUGAAAGCAAGCCAUGUUGAGCUCACUUUUUUUUUGCUGAAUUAAAUAUUUUGGAUAUCUCGUAUACAUGCAGAGAGAAGUGUGGUGGAGGAGGAACAGACUCUCAGCAGUCCUGCAAUAGAUAAACCAUCUCAGCAAGGGUUUGCAAUGAAAAAUAACACCGUCAGCUCACAAACGUAGGUGGAGUAGAGUUGAGCACAGCGCACUGUCAUGGAUGUGCUUGUGCAUGUGAAUACUUUUAAUACUUUCACCUUUUUGCUUUUCCUUUAGGUUUUUGCUUUAUAAACAGAUGUAUGCAUACCUUAUUGUAUGAAGUUAAUAAUUAUGCAAACUGUAUAAUGUUGGUUUACUGAAAUUAAAAAAAGUACUCGAG